ACACAACAAAAUCAUCCCCAAGUCCCAAGACCCAACUAAUAAUUUUUAGCACACUUGAGUAGGAGGUGGUGUUCCGUGUUCAUCCAAAUUAGUAUUACUCCGCCGGCGAAGUCUGACUCCUCUUUCAGCGCCGCCGCCGCAAUUUGUUCAAUCUAAGAUAAACUAACUAUGGAUCUAUUAAUGCUGACUCUGUUUCUUGGAUUUGUAUCGGGGAUCCUCAUUCUCAUUCCUCGACUUCGUAAAUCUGAUACUGGAAAAGGGGCGCAGCAAAAGUUUGCUUCUCAAGCAUCCAAAGCAUACACCAAAGCUGAUGUUUCAUCACACAAUAAGAGGACUGACUGUUGGAUCAUCAUAAAAGAUAAGGUCUAUGAUGUUACCUCCUAUGUAGAGGAGCACCCUGGUGGUGAUGCUAUCCUUGUACAUGCUGGUGAUGAUUCAACUGAAGGCUUCUUUGGGCCACAACAUGCUACACGUGUCUUUGACAUGAUUGAGGACUUUUACAUUGGUAAUCUAGUGAAGUAAUUAUUUGGACAUUGACUCAAUCGUUCUUCGAUAUGUAUGUAGAGGCUCAAGACAGACCCUGAGGAUUCGAAAAACCAACAUGAAUAUGUAUCUGAAGUAUCUGGUUGAUUGCAAGUGAAUUCCUUAACAGAAUAACUGCUGCACUUCUCUAGUGACCGGAGUGGAGGACUCAACUCUGAUAACUUUUUUUACAUUUGAUACGUUAUGCACUUAUGCUUCAUCUGUACUGCUACAAGUGGCGUGUAUACCUUUUUGAGCUGUCCUACUAUAACUGAGACAUGGCUCAAAAAAGAAAACUUUUUACACACAAUACUAAUGAAUUUUACCUCUUUAAACACAAAA